AUUUAUCUCACAAGGCACACCAUCAAAAAAUAAUAACAAGACGAGCCAAUCACCACCUAGCGCAUCCAAACAACCAACCCAAGUCCUUUCUCACCAACAAAUAAACAAAUAGCUCACCCACAAAAAUGAGCAACGGCCCGUCGCCACAGAGCCCCGUGAGCCUGGCCUCGCACCUCGAGACCCUCGCGCCGGAGGACGGCUCGCGGGCAGAGCUCUUCGGCUCGGUGCUGCCAGCCGUGAUAGACGCGGUGGGCGAGAUCGCCAAGGCCCUGCAGAGCGCCCACCGCGUCGCCCUCGCGGGGACGGCCAACACCUUUGGCGACGACCAGCUCAACGUCGACGUCGCCGCCGAGGACAUCCUGCGGCGCACCUUUGCGGCCCGCUGCGCGUCCGUGGUCACGGCGUCCAGCGAGGAGGACCCUGUCGAGAAGCCCGUCGACCACACCGCUGGACCCGUCGCCGGCACAACCACCGCGGAGCGCUACGCCGUCGCCUUCGACCCCCUCGACGGCAGCUCCAUCAUCGCGCCCAACUGGACCGUCGGCACCAUCCUGGGCGUGUGGGACGGCCCCACGGCCGUGGGGCGCGCCCCGGACGAGGCGCAGGUCGCCGCCGUGCUGGGCGUCUACGGCCCGCGGACCACCGCCGUGGUCGCCGUGCGCAUCCCGGGUGCCAGCGCCGCCGCCCCACCCGCAAUAUCCGCGUGCUUCGAGGUCGGCAUCAGCAGCGACGGCCCCGUCGAGGUGCUGCGCCCCGAGGUGCGUCUGUCAGCCCCGCCCUUCAAGACGCGGUACUUUGCGCCGGCGAACCUGCGCGCCGCCGCGCAGGACGGGCGGUACAUGGCCCUCGUGGCCCGCUACAUCCAGGAGGGCUACACGCUGCGGUACUCGGGCGGGCUGGUCCCCGACGUGGUGCACGCGCUGGUCAAGGGCCACGGCGUGUACGUGAGCCCCGUGACCGCCCGGAGCGGCGCCAAGCUGCGGCGGCUGUACGAGCUGUGCCCCGUCGCGCUCGUCGUCGAGGCCGCCGGCGGGCGGGCCGUGGACCCUGCCGACGGGCGCAGGGUGCUGGAUGCUGUGCUGCGCGGCACGGACGAGAGGGCCGGCUUGGUCUGUGGCACGGCCGAGGAGGUUGACCAGGUCAGGGAGGCGCUGCUUGGGUGAUUUUUUUUUUUUUUUGGUCUCACGAGUUUCGGUCUACCGAUAUCCUAUGGUGUUGUAUGAGCGUGUAUAGGUGAGCCUGUCACGCCGCGGUAUUUCGUGUCAACACGCGAGCAACUGCCCGAAGUAUAUCCCGCCACUCUUGGGAGCUAUAAUUCUACCAUAGAAGAUAAGACCUUGUAUGUAUUUACUACAUGUAGACUAGACGAUCGUAAUUGAAGGCAGUACAGA